AUGGCAGCUCUUUCCAACAAAUAUGGCCCUCUAAUGCUCCUAAAGCUUGGCCAGAAGCAAGCCCUCGUGGUUUCAUCACCAAAAAUGGCUAAAGAAGUGAUGAAGACCCAUGACAUCAAAUUCUCCAACAGGCCCCAAACUACUGCUGCACACGAAUUGCUGUACCAAUGUCAAGACAUUGGCUUUGCUCAAUAUGGUGAGUACUGGAGACAAGCCAGAAAAGUGUGCGCUCUUGAGCUUUUUAGUGCCAAAAGAGUGGACUCUUUUCAGUACGUAAGGGAUGAAGAAGUUGUGUCGAGAUGUGUCUUGGGAGAGAAAUUUGAGGAUGAAAAUGGGAAUAGUAGAUUUGGGGUCACAGUCAGAAGGGCUAUGGUGCUAAUUGUGGCGUUUUGUGUAGCUGAUCUUUUUCCUUCUCUUUGGUGGAUUGAUAUUAUUAGAGGGUUCAUUAAGGAGUUGAAAGAUUGCUCCAAAACAUUGGAUACAUUUGUUAGUAAAGUGGUUGAAGAACACAAGGCAAAGAUAAGAGAUGGUGUUCUAACUGAUGAAUCUAAGAAGGAUUUUGUGGAUAUCAUGUUGCAGCUCGAAGAGGACAACAUGAUUGACUAUCAUUUCUCUCUUCACAACCUCAAAGGAAUGUUACUGGUUUGUUUCUUGUCCAUUUAA